UUUCCGAGACUCGAGAUUCCUCUCGUGAUAUUUAAGGAAUGCUGCUUGAGCUCUUUACUCAGAGGGUGUGACAGUACUAAUAUGUGCUAAUUCCCUCCGGUUUUAAACGUAACAUUUGGUCAUGUCACACGCGAGGACGUGACUAUUUUUAAACUUCACCUUAAGACGAUCGCGGUUGCACGAAAAUGACAAGCAUGCGAUUGAAUAAACGCAAAUAGAAUUGUUCAUUGCAAACAUCCCGUGUGCCUGCUUGUUUUAUGUUGUGCCCACUUGGGCCUGAAUGGCAGCCUGCGCUACACACACAUUUGUUUUGAUUUUCAACCACAGGCCUCCAUUGUUGUCGCAGCGUCUGUGAGAGACACACACAAAUAUACAGUGGCUAGUGAACGCAUCGACAGUAAAGAGGAUGCCCCUCAUCAAAAUCAAUGGACCAUCUAUCCUCUUGGUCAAUGUUGGGAAACACUUAAGACAUCUUUGGGUCCUAUUGUCCACAAAAUGUGGAGCUGAGCCUAUGGAGAAGCCAUCUUCAGACAGAGGUGCCCUGGAUGAGCGGGAAGGCUUAGUGGAGGAUGGUGUCAGGUUGCGAAGUGCUGAAGGCGAAAUGGCGCUUCCGGAUGCUGAUGCCCCGAGGAGGAGCAGCUCGUCUCGUUCCUCACGCAAGAGCUUCCGGCUAGACUACCGCCUGGAGGAAGAAGUGACCAGGUCCUGUCGAGACAAACAUGGCCGCUUUACCAACCCGUGGCCCACGUGGCAGUUCCCAUCCUACUCUAUGCUACUCCGCUUCUUUUUGCUGGAGAAGAACAACAGCAACGUCCCGACUUGUAAAGAGGUGCUUGACAGCGAGCUGCCAGUGCUCGAGCCGUACUUUGUUAACAACCCGGAUCUCUCCCCCUCCGGUCCGGGUCUAAGAGUCACCUGGCUUGGGCACGCCACGGUUCUGGUAGAAAUGGACGGGUUGAACAUUCUGACCGAUCCUAUUUUCAGCCAGAGGGCGUCACCGGUUCAGUUCAUGGGUCCGAAACGUUACCGAGGACCUCCUUGUAGUGUGCAACAGUUACCCCGGAUUGACGCCGUAGUCAUCAGUCAUUCCCACUACGAUCACCUGGAUGCCGGUACAGUGGCAAGCCUCAACGCACGCUUCGGAGCGGAGUUACGCUGGUUCGUGCCCCUGGGCUUGAUGGACUGGCUGGCUAAGGCGGGCUGCGAGAACGUGAUGGAGCUGGACUGGUGGGAGGAGAACUGCGUGCCCACUCACGACGACGUCACCUUCGUGUGCACGCCGUCGCAGCACUGGAGUAAACGCAGCGCAGUUGACGACAACAAAUCUUUGUGGGCCAGCUGGACAGUUCUAGGUCCAGACCACCGUUUCUUCUUUGCUGGAGACACCGGAUACUGCUCGGUGUUCAAGGAAAUAGGGCGACGCUUCGGGCCUUUUGACUUAGCGGCCAUUCCUAUCGGCGCCUACCUUCCCAGGGAUGUGAUGAAAGGGCAGCACGUGGACCCAGAGGAGGCGGUUCAGAUUCACAUGGACCUUCAGGCUAAACGCUCGCUGGCUAUCCAUUGGGGAACUUUUGCACUGGCUUAUGAGCACUAUCUUGAACCACCGCGCCGUCUCAAGGAAGCUUUGGAGCAGAAGGGCCUGAAAGCGGAAUCCUUCUUCACGCUGCAUCACGGGGAGUCACGCCUCCUGACGUCACACGGUGCAGAUGUCUUCCAUUAAGCACGACUUUCGUUUUGUGACAAUAGUAGCAAAAAUGUCUUGCCAUAUGUUAUACAAAAAAACUAUUCUGAUGUGGUUGCCAUGACGUGAAAUGUUACCUUUUCAAGCUAAAUGCAGAAAGCUGAGCUGGCUUCAGUUUCAAAUGAUUGUUUUUCAUCAUUCCUGCUUUUCCACGUCUUUUAGAGUGCAAUGAAUCGUGUGGCAUUAUUACCAAUAUAUGAUUGUCAUUACACUUGAAUGUCAUUUUCAUGCUUUAUAGUGCACAAGUUAGAGGUGAAUGUAUGCACAAUAAACAGCUUUAAAGCUCAACGCUCAGCAAUUGAUAAAAAAACUGUGAGCAUCGAGAUGACCACUGGGUGGCAGCAUUGAAUUGAGACCAUAAAACUAGAGUAUUUAUUUAAUUAAAUUAGCCAAAUUUGGUCCUCCGAUAUGUAGCAAUCACCACAUUACACAGUAAAUUAAAAUACAGUGUAUCACAAAAGUGAGUACACCCCUCGCAUUUCUGCAGAUAUUUAAGUACCGGUAUAUCUUUUCAUGGGACAAAAC